AACGUUAAGAUUCAAACCAAAGCAUAAAAUGGCGACCAUUAAAGCUUCUUACACUAUCAUUCCAAAUGAACCAACUCCCAAUGGUCGAUUAUGGCUAUCUGACUAUGACCACUACACAAGACCGGGCCACACACCCCUUAUUUACAUUUACAGAGCAAAACACAUCCACAAAAAUGCCAUUGAGAGGAUGAGAAGCUCUCUAAGCAAGAUUUUAGUGCACUAUUACCCAAUAGCUGGUAGAUUGAGCUUGACACAAAGUGGUAGAAUUGAAUUGGAUUGUAAUACAAAGGGAGUGACAUUGCUUGAAGCUGAAUCCACAAAAUCAUUUGAUGAAUAUGGAGACUUUUCACCCUCUAUGCCCAUCAAGGAACUUGUUCCAACAAUUGACUAUACUCAACCUAUAGAGAGCCUUCCCUUGCUAUUUAUUCAAGUCACAAGGUUCCAAGGUGACCAAGGCCUUGCCAUAGGAUUAGCUGUGUCACAUCCUGUGGGUGAUGGGAUUACUUGGAUUCACUUUUUGAACUCAUGGGCAAAGGUUGCUAAAGGAGACACGUUAGAGCCACAUGAAAUGCCAUUUCUAGAUAGAAAAAUACUCAAAUUCCCACACCAAACAUCACCACCACACUUUGAUCACCCAGAGUUGAAGACUUUGCCACUCCUGCUAGGCAAAUAUGAUAGCAUUGAUGAGCAAAAAAAGAAGACAAGUUCUAUAUUGUUAAAACUCACAUCAAAUCAAGUGGAGAUUUUGAAGAAGAUGGCCAAUGAUGGAUCCAUGAAAGAAGGGUCAAGACCUUAUAGUAGAUAUGAAGCUAUUGUUGCACAUAUAUGGAGAUGUGCAUCUAAGGCUCGUGAACUUGAUGAGAAUCAACCAACUAUAGUGCGGUUCAAUGUUAAUUUUCGUAAUAUAAUAAAUCCACCUCUCCCUAGGAAUUAUUUUGGGAAUGUUUUGGCACCAACAGUGACACCAACAUGUUAUGUUGGAGAUAUCAUAUCCAACCCUUUGAGUUAUGCUGCCCAAAAAAUAAGGGAAGCAACUGAAUUGCUUACAAAUGAGUACAUAAGGUCACAAAUGAGUGUUAUUGUAGGUGAAGAGAAAUUGGAUUGCAUAAAGGCUUUGUUUUUGGGACAAGGAGAACAUGGGAAUGCCCCAUUUGGAGGGAAUCCUAAUCUUCACAUCACAAGCUGGAUGAGCAUGGAAAUGUAUGAAGCAGAUUUUGGGUGGGGAAAACCUGUGUAUUUUGGUCUAGGAUAUUUGUUUCCACAAGAUAGGGGAAUUGUUAUUCUUAGCCCAGAAGAGAGAGGAUCUAUUAUUGUGAAUAUGCACUUUCAGAUAGCUCAUAUACCACUAUUUAAGAGAUUCUUCUAUGAGGAUAUAUUCACGUCAAGGUUAUAAUCUAUGGUUGGAUUGUGGUUGUUGCUGGCUGAUUAGGGUAAUUU